AUACCCUCGUCGAGUCCACCUCGCCAAACGCCAAGUACAGGUAGUAGCACUGCAGCUCCAUGGCUAUUGGUCUUGUUGCAAACAUCUGCACUUCCUCCAAUCACUUCCUUUGUUUCUUCCGUCGCCAAUGAGUUUCUCUCCGCCAUCACAACCACCGUCUCCCUCCCCUUCUUUCUCUCUCUAGAGAACAUCAAAUAUCCACGUACUCUAUCCUCAUAAUCCAAUCCACAGCAAUGACCCGACCCGCUUCAUUUCUCCGAUUUCUCUCCCUCUUGCUUCUCAUCCUCUCUAGCUCUUACGUUGCUGCCGAUUCCCACUUUGAAGGUUUCGAAGGCGAAGAAGACGACGUCGUGGAGGAACCCAUAGACUCUCACUCGUUCAAGCCCACCGAUCUUUCCUUAACUCGGUCCGAUUCACCACCCUCUCCAGUCACAGAUUCCUUAUCAGAGAAUUCUGAGCUCAACGUGAAGUCCAAUUCGGAUUCGCAAUCCUCGAAACUCGAAUCGGAUCAAUCAAAACCCUCUUAUCCACCGUCAACCACCACCUUUGAUUACUGGGACGAAGAUGAAUUCGAAGGUCUGCCUGUUCAACAACCUCAAGUGGAAACGCCCAAACCUACGGAAUCUACUGCUCCUGCUGAUGACCAAAGCACAGAUCCUAAACCAAAGACAAUUUUCAACAAGCAGCAAUCAUACACGGUGGAGAUUGUGUGCGUUUCUUUCUUGAUCAUGUUCAUUAUCAAUUACUUCACGGGGAAACGUGAAAAUGAGAAUUUGGCGCUGUCUUGGGCGGCAAAAUUCGCUACGAAAGACUCUAUUUUCGAGAAGAACUUUAGCCUUCUGGGCGUUGGAGAAGGCGAUGAUUCGCCGCUUUUAUUGAAAGAGGGGCAAAAUGUUUUCAAAUUUUAUGCUAGUGGUCGUAGAUACUGUCAAGGGUUAUUGGCUACGAUGGAGUUGAAGAGCAGGCACGAUUUGAUUGCUAGGAUUUAUAAUAUGAUUGUCCCUUGCAAGGAUGAGAUCACUUUUGAAGUCUAUAUGAAUGACGAUGCGAUGGAUCAUGUGGUUUUUGCGCUGGCAAAGAAGAAGGCCGCCAAAACAAUGCAGAAGGAGGUGAGAGAUUUGCAGAGAUUUGCGGGGAUUGUAACCCAGCCACCUAGUGGGAGGAAAUGGGUGUCUGAGGAGUUGGGAGUUAUUUCAGAGUCCAAGGAGGUUGCCGGGGAUUUAAUCACUGACGCUGUGCUUGAGCAGGUUUUUGGGGAAAAAGCUUUUGAGAAAUUGGGCAAGGGUUUCAUCUCCAUGCAUUUUUCUGAUCAACACCCUGGAAAACAUAAGAAGAUGCUGUUGUUCAAAUUUGCACUCCCUGAUGCGAACAACAUGGCUGACAUGACUCGAUUGGUAGCAUUGGUUCCUUAUUACAUAGAUCUAAUUGGGCGGUACAAGUUGAGUUCCCAGGCUAGAUCUAAAACAGAGGCAGCCAGGUCGAAAGCAGCCCAAGAGACAUACAAGGAACUUCAGAACGCAAGACAAGAAGCUUUACAGAAAAAGAAGGCAGAGAGGAAAAAGAUGCUAGAGGAGGCUGAAGCAAAGCUCAAUGCAGAGGCUAUUCGGAAGAAAGAAGCCAAAGAGCGUGCUCGACAGAUGAAGAAGGGUAUGCCGAAAAUAAAGAUGACUCGUGCUCACUAGAUAUUGAAUCCCCUCAUUGGGUAACAUCUUAUUACAUUCUUCCCUCAAUCUCAUAACAUCAUAGUUUGUGUUUCUUUGGCUUCCCUUAGAUUUCUUGGUUUCACAAUCUCAUGCAGUGUACCUUAGCUAUUGUUACACUUAAUUUAGCUAGUCUAUAGCAUUUGAGGGUUAAGAUUGUAUGAAAGUGCAACACUUUGGAAGCAUGAAAUUUUUCUUAGACGACAGUUUUAACUUAGUUUGGGAGUAGAUUGGAGCCAUUAUUGCA